GUUUGGAACCUCUGAUUCUAGCUCUAAUGUUGGCAUCCUUUUCAAUCUUGGAACCCAAAUUUAAUCCGAAUGCCCGGUUCUAUAUUUCUGGUGUCUACAAUUUCAUUGAGGAGUUUGGCUUUGUAGAAGGAAUGAGCGAUCCAUGCCCUAUGAAAUUUGGGUUGCUAGUCCCCGGGCUUCUAAACUCCCAUUUUGCCGACCGCCAUGGAACCUCUAUCGAAAUAUUUAAAAGGUUUUUAAAGGAGGCUGCUGAAGUGUGGGACAGCUUUCUCGUAGUUAAUGGAGAUUUCUGCUUCUUUGACAGCAUUGAUGAGUGCACAGGCUUUGUGAUCACAGGCAAUGCAUCAGAUGCUCACUGCAACGAUUCAUGGAACCUUCAAAUUUGCCAAGCCCUCAAACAUUUGCACCAUUUGGAGAAAAUGAUUCUUGGCAUAUGUUUUGGCCACCAGUACUCAACACUAAUCAAGCCGAAUUAUUCAAACUCAGCGCGAGGCGACCGAUUACCCGGCCCGAGUCGCUCUUUCUGACACCGGUUCGACGUGUUUCACGCUAAAAAGGCCCUUGUUGAAUAGGACCUCCAUACAUGCAUGUAAUUCCAAAUCAUUUUUAGUAGAUGGUGACGCGUGAAAGGCCCUCUUAGGGCGGCUAGCAC